AUGGGCCGGCAAAAGCAAACCACGCCGCUCCAGCGCAAUCCCUCGUCCCAGUUGAUGCAUACCUUGCCCGACGAGUCUGAAGCAGUGCAGAAACAUGCGAAUGGAGAUGUGAUUGAGCAUGCAGGCACUAACGGCAAAGCUUCUGUUCCAGAGGCCGUCGCGCCGGAGCCAGUCGCCGAUAGCCCUGGUUUGAUGCAGCUGCUCAUCUGCGUCCUCGGUAUAUACGCCGCUUUCCUUUCAUGGGGUGUCCUCCAAGAAGCCAUCACCACCACAACCUACCCCCUGCGCGCCCCAUCCGCCGCCGAACCAGAUCCGCCAACGGAGCGCUUCACGUACUCGCUCGUUCUCAACACGAUUCAGUCCACCUUCGCCGCAAUUACCGGCUUCCUAUACCUCUUCUUCUCCACGCCAAAGGGCCAAAGCGUCCCCUCUAUCUUCCCCACACGCCGUAUCAUCUUCCCCCUCCUCCUCGUCAGCAUCUCCUCCUCGCUAGCCUCACCCUUCGGCUACGCCAGUCUCGCGCACAUCGACUACCUCACCUUCAUCCUUGCGAAAUCAUGCAAACUCCUCCCCGUCAUGGCCCUCCAUCUGACCAUCUUCCGCAAGCGCUACCCACUGUACAAGUACGGCGUCGUCCUGCUCGUCACUCUGGGAGUAGCAACCUUCACCCUGCAUCACCCCGGCACGAGCAAGAAGGUCGCUGCAUCGGCGGCUAAGCAAUCCGGUUCCUCGAUGUGGGGUAUCUUCCUCCUCUCGAUCAACCUGCUUCUGGAUGGCUUGACGAAUACCACGCAAGACCACGUCUUCACCUCGCCCAAGCUCUAUACAAAGUUCACCGGUCCUCAGAUGAUGGUUGCGCAGAACGUUCUAUCAACCGCGUUAACCGCUGCGUAUCUGCUUAUCAUGCCACACAUCUCGCAGAGCGGGAUCUUGCACAAUUUCCUUCCCUUCCCGAUUCCCCCUUCCACGGAGACGGAGCUGUAUUCUGCUAUUUCGUUCCUGUCGCGGCACCCGGAGGCAUUGAAACAUGUACUGGGCUUUGCGGCUUGUGGUGCGGUUGGCCAGUUGUUUAUUUUCUAUACGCUUUCGCGCUUUUCGUCGCUGCUUCUUGUGACGGUUACCGUUACCCGCAAGAUGCUCACGAUGCUGCUUAGCGUGUUUUGGUUUGGACACUCGCUGAAGCCGGGGCAGUGGUUGGGUAUUGUUCUGGUGUUUGGUGGAAUCGGUGCUGAGGCGGUUGUACAGAGACAGGAGAAGAAGGCGAAGGAGAGGGCGAAAUUGGAGGCUGCGAAGAAGGGGCAGUAG